UGACUUUGACAAGUUUGACAGCCCGUGUACGCGGCCGGCCACGGGUCGCAUCGCAUUGUUUACGUUACGCGCAGUAAUACGAUAUUUCUAGAAUUUUACUUUGAAAUCUUUCUCAAAAUAGCUACAAAUAUUGUUUGAAAAUGGUUAAAAUAGCUCUGCAAGUAAAGGCUACACUUGAAUGCAUCGAAAAAUUAUACACGAACCAUCCUCACUACCAAUGGUUCCUAAAAUUGAAGUGCGGAAACUGCGGGGAAGUUUCGCAAAAGUUUCACGACCUCACAGAGGCGGAUAAAGUGCCACAAAAGCAUAACAGGUCAGAAACAAACCUCCUUAUAAAGUGUAAGAUGUGCUCGCGAGAGAAUAGCGUUGAUGUCAUCGAGGGCAGUAAUGGUGCGUACACAAAUGAGGAUGUUGGCAAGUUCAAGACUUUGGUUAUAUUCGAUUGCAGAGGAGUUGAACCUGUUGACUUUGAACCUCAAUCAGGCUGGAUAGCUGAAGCUGAAGAUAAUGGUAAAAAGUUUACAGAAGUAGACUUGACAGAAAAGGAAUGGGUUGAUUAUGACGAGAAAAAUCAGACAUCAGUUGGAGUUUAUGAACUAGAAUGGCAGUUUAUUAAAGUUAAAUAA